GCAGCGCAAGCCCCGCCCCGCGAGCCGCGUCCCCGCCGCCCGCCGCCCGCCGCCAUGGAGCCCGGCGCGGCCGAGCUGUACGACCAGGCCCUGCUGGGCAUCCUGCAGCACGUGGGCAACGUCCAUGACUUCCUGCGCGUGCUCUUCGGCUUCCUCUACCGCAAGACGGACUUCUACCGCCUGCUGCGCCACCCCUCGGACCGCAUGGGCUUCCCGCCGGGGGCCGCGCAGGCCCUGGUGCUGCAGGUGUUCAAAAACUUUGACCACAUGGCCCGUCAGGAUGACGAGAAGAGAAGGAAGGAGCUGGAGGGGAAAAUGAGGCGAAAGGAAGAGCAGGAGGCGGCGCCUGUGGCUGCGGGCUCAGCUGAUCUGGAGCCCACCCCAGCCCCAGUUCAGGAGGUGGAGAUUGACUCCACCACAGACUCUGGUGGGGCCCCGGAACUCUCUGCCUCCAGGCAGGAGGCAGCCCAGCCCUCGGGGGAGGAAGAACCGCCAGGCGCUGGGGCAGGUGCCGCUGAAGCCCCAAAGGAACCACCUGCCCUUCCCAAGAGGCAGGAGCAGUUCCAGAGAAACGCUGAGAGCUACAACGGUGCUGUGCGUGAGAACUACACCUGGUCACAGGACUACACCGACCUGGAGGUCAAGGUGCCCGUGCCCAGGCAUGUGGUGAAGGGCAGGCAGGUGUCCGUGGGCCUCAGCAGCAGCUCCAUCCGCGUGGCCGUGCAGGAGGAGAGCGGGGAGCGUGUCCUCAUGGAGGGGAAGCUCACCCACAAGAUCAACACCGAGAGCUCACUCUGGAGCCUCGAGCCCGGGAAGUGCGUGUCGGUGAGUCUGAACAAGGUGGGCGAGUACUGGUGGAGUGCCAUCCUGGAGGGCGAGGAGCACAUUGACAUCGAGAAGAUCAACAAGGAGCGCUCCAUGGCCACGGUGGACGAUGAGGAGCACGCCGUGCUGGACAGGCUCACCUUCGACUACCACCAGAAGCUGCAGGGCAAGCCGCAGAGCCACGAGCUGAAAGUCCAUGAGCUGCUGAAGAAGGGCUGGGACGCUGAGGGCUCGCCCUUCCGAGGCCAGCGCUUCGACCCGGCCAUGUUCAACAUCUCCCCCGGGGCCGUGCAGUUUUAGUGACGGAGGAAGCGAAGCCCUCGCCCGCGGGGAGCCCCCUCGGCUCCCUGCCCGCCAGGGACUCGGGUCUCCCCCGGUCCUUCAGCCCCAGACUGCUCCGGAGGGGCCUGCGGGGAUGCCCAGUGAGGAAGCUGGGGAAGGGGGUCGCAGUCCCCGCGCCGGUCUCCAUUCUGCUCGCUGUCAUGCGGUCCCUGCUUGCUUUCCUUGUGCUUGGGGUGGAAGCGGUUCCUCCUGGGUCACUGCGGGGAUCCCGGCCCCGUGCCAGCCGGCGGGCUGGUUCCAUGUGUGUCAUGCCCCUGUGUCACUGUCGCCGCCUGUCAUCUUGUCUUGGAGCAGAGGCAAGUCUUGCCUGUGGGGUCUGGGUCUUGGGAGAAAGUUCUGGCCACCAUCUCUGGUGGCCUUCACUAUCAUCCAGGCAGACCUGGGGGCACCGAGGCGGCCCUUCGGGAGUGCGUCCCAGCAGCCCUUGUCCUCUGGUGGGGCCCUACUGCCCUCUGUCCUCGGGACAGGGAGGAGGAGCCUGCCUGGCAGGGUCAGCGGGAAAUAGGCGAUCAGAGGCUGCCCCGGGAGCAGGGUGUGGCAGCUGCGGGCCGCUCGUGCCCCCUACCUCCGUCACCUCACGGGCUGCUGCAUGACGGGCGCCUCUGGGGCUCUGGUUCAUUUGUCUAUUGUGUGUGUGGUUUUGUCGCUCUAGUGUCUGUUCUGCCCUCCUGCUGUGACACUGGUGAGGGGGACAAGGUUGCUGGUCCCCUGCUGGCGGCUCAGCCUUCUUGGGCCUGCCUUCGGCCCCUUGCUGCUGCUGUGCUGCCCGGAGCCUGUUUGCUCUCCCUAGGCACGGCAGCCUGUCGGCCACCAAGCUCCAGCCACCACGGUCCCCGGAGAGCAGCGCGCCCGCCUGUGACGUCACCCUGUUCCCAGUGUUGGUUUGCAAUAAAAAGUAUUUAAGCAUU